AACCAACCGAGCUACUCCCUGGGAAAAAUCCUACUGCUACUGCCCAACGCGACGGCCCCCCGCACCACGACCACUACCUCCAGCUCCCGAUCCCUCCACCCCACCUUCUUCAACCUCCCACCACGCCGCCGGCGCCGACUCCCCGCACCACCCAGCCUUUCCUGCGUCGACCCCGCCCUCCCUGCGUCAUCACUUCGACGGAUCAGGGCCUCUCUCCACUGGAUCCGCCCCUGCCUUCCACCACUCUGACGUCGAGAUGGCCGACGCCUCCACGUUCUCCCACUGCUCGUGCCGGUCCCCAGUGCUCUGCCCCGAUGCCCCACCUUCUUCUUCCUCCCUCCCCUUCCUCCCCAAACCCACCGCCACCACACCCCAACGCCGGAUCCUGGCCUCGGUGGUUGCCGGAUUGGCGCCAGAUCCACGACCCCUCCCCAGCGCACCCCACACUCGAGGGCUCCAGGACGGCCACUCCCAGCAAAGGCGACCAAGAUGGGGAGAGGGAGGCGCUCUUCUCUGGUGAGACCAACGGCGGUCAUGGCUCUGCUUGGGACCCCUCAAGGUCGCCAACCACAAUCCAGCCCCCGCACUGAAUCCAUGGCGGAUGGAUCGAGUACCGGCCUUCUCGGCCUGCCACUAGGGUCCCGAGGCACCGCCGCCGGUGGCCACACCGCCCGCCGCACCAGAGCGCCAGCUGCGGCAAGGCUGCUUCCCUGCGUGUGGUCUGAAAGAGAACAAGGUGCAACUCGCCGGCUUGUGCUCGUGCAGUACGUCGUGCCGGUCGUAUUGGUCGUCGGUGCAGUCCGCAAACAUGCCGUUUGUGGUGGUGAUCUACUCCACCAUUCGCGCCCGACCAUCACAGCAACCCUCUUCCCUUGGCUCCCUCCUUCCCUACUCUGCAAACUCCCUCCUCCCAGCAACACUACCCUCUUUCUAGUGAAGGGCAUGCUUCUGAGGCCACAGUGGGUCUCCGUCGUGCUCCCUUCCCCUGGUUCUGGUGCUCGAGUGGAAAAUUGCUAUUUUUUCUCUCGCAGUUCGGUUCACAGACUGCUUGUGGUUCAUUUUGUUGUUAUUUUGUGUAGGAGACAAGGACUGCAACAAAAACUUAAGCACUCCCCUGGCUACGACGCGGCUGCCGGAUGCCCCCAUGUCCUGCUUUUCCCCUGCCAAAUCCACUCCGCUUCCCCUGAUAUGAUGUAUGUCCAGUUUAGUUCGCGUGUGCAAGGUUCUACACUACAUCGAGCUCCCAGGAUACCAAAUUGCAAUUCACUUUUAGAUUCAGAAAAAGGGUGCUGUGCAAUUUUCUAGGGAACUGGAAGUUCAUAUAUUUUUUGAAAAAUUCACUGUCUCUUGGAGAGGUUCGCUCCUCACCGUUGUGGUUUACUCUGUUCCCUGUGAACCAAAACAAAAGAGACACAAAAAGAAAAUUUCCCCUGGUAGUAUGGGAGAGAGCGGUUCGCUUCUGUGGGCCUAGAGGUUCACUCCACAAAAUAUGCAGCUCAAUGUGAUGUUGUUUUAAUUCAGUUCCAUUGUUUUGCUGGAGCUUUGUUGUUGUUAAAGAAAUCCACUGUAGUCAU